CUCGUCCACCGAAAAUGAGUGGACACUACUACUCGAGUUACAUGAUCACGUUCUCCUGUCCCUCCAACAAGUUCCUCAUCAAGCACAGAGCAGCGGUGAAGCCCGCGAAUGUCACUUGCGAGAGCUUCAUGGAGAUGAUCAUCACCUCGCAUUCGGUACAAGGCACGGAUCUACGAAUCGCUUGCGUACGCAAGGAGAAAGCAAAGAGUGGGCAUAUACGUCUUUAAGUAUUCCACCUCUCUGAUCCAUUUUUUUUUGUGACAUCAAACAAAAAAAAAAAUGGAUCACUUCGAUCGCUUUCAUAUAUGCCACGCUAUCGUGACGGCUGGCAAUUCGAAAAAGUUACGGGUGGACAUCAUAUAAGUUCUCGCUCUAAAUAAAUUGCUUUUUCGAUGUAACUUUCCUCUAAUCUGGAGAUUCGGAUGGCAAGCGG